AUGGGUCACUGCAACGGCUUUCCAAUGGGAAGCCCCUGUAACUCCAUCAGCUCAUUGAGCGGGGACUGGAGCGGUGUGGCGACGACCUUGACCAACCUCUACCUCGGCGAAAACGAUCUUGUAGAGCUGAGUGUCCAGGACCUGCGAAAGCUCCUCUGGCUCAACGCAGAUGGGAACAUGCUUUCUUCGCUGGAAGCUGGGUCCGUUCCGCCCACUCUUCAGACCCUCAGCGUCUCCAACAACCUCAUCGCUUCUUUUCCCACCGACUUCUUAGAGGAGUCUAAGAGGAUAUCCUGGCUCUACCUCAGGGACAACCUCAUCAAUAGGAUUCCCUACUACAACUUCAAGCACAGGAAGAAACUGGAGAAGUUAGACCUCGGUGAAAACUGCAUCAAGGAGAUACCGAUGAAUCCGUUCAACGGAACCUUAAGUGUUCGAGAUCUGAAUCUCGACUUGAACGAGAUUCGAACACUCGGACCUAACGCUUUCAAUGGUCUCAGUCCUGGAAGAGUGUACCUGUCACAAAACGGCUUAGAAGAGAUACACAUCGAUGCGUUCGCCGGACUCGAGAGCACUCUUGAGUACUUAGAUCUCGGAGGAAACCUAUUGCAGGAGGUUCCCAAGGCCUUGUCUAGGCUUAAAAAGCUCAAAUAUCUCUACCUUCCGUCCAACAACAUAUCCCAUAUUCCCAACGACACAUUCAACAAUUACUCAGGUACCCUCGGUGCUUUAUCGCUCCAUGGGAAUCGACUCGAGGCCAUUCCAGCCGAUGCCUUGAGAGGAUGCGGAAAGUUAUAUCAUUUAAACAUCGGAUACAAUCACAUUAUGGAAAUAACCGAGGAGGACUUCGAGCAUUGGGGAGAAUCUUUGGACACUCUGCUUCUGAUGAAUAAUAGGUUGGUUCAGAUUCAUGGGCAUACAUUUCGACAGACUCCUCGCUUGAGAGAGUUGAGUCUUUCUUUCAAUAAAAUCAGUGCCAUUGAUACUGAUGCAUUUGUCGACGUUGAGGAUAGUCUUGAGAGUUUGGAGAUAAGCUUCGGCCUAUAUCAAGAAGAAUUCCCCGAAGAUUUCUUGAAACCUUUGAGAUCGUUGGUCUGGCUAGCUCUGGACAAUAACAGCUUCAGAAGCAUAUCACAGAGUGCUCUGUAUUCUUUCAAGAAUUUGCAAUAUCUCAACCUCGAUGGAAACAGACUAUCUAUGAUACCAGUCGGAUUGUUUCAUCCAAGCGUACACCGUAACUUGAGAGAUAUUAGAUUUUCGUACAAUCACAUUAUGUCCGUUGAUCCUCACACAUUUACUAAUCUUGUCAGUCUUCAAUCGAUUGUUUUGAGUGGUAAUCAGAUUAAAAUUCUAAAACCAAAUGCUUUUAAAAGCCUUCCUGGUAAGUUGAGCGUGAUUCUUUCAGACAACAAACUGACGACUAUUUCUCCGAGGGCCUUCAACGAUAUUGCUACUAUGGUACGGCUGGACCUCCAAUCGAAUGCAUUACAAGAGUUCUCUUUGAGUGCAUUCCACAACGUGACAGCUCCUUAUCUUCCGCUCAGUCUCAACCUUUCGAGAAAUGAAAUAUCCAAUCUUCUAGUCGCUGAGACUAUGAGGUCUGUCUGCAUUCACACGAUAGACUUGAGUCAUAACCAAAUCAUUGCCGUUCCCAAAGACUUCUUUCAAGAAAUCUACACUUCCAUCAGAAGGAUAUAUCUCGGCUACAACCGGAUCAGCAAGUUGGAUGAAACUGCGUUCGGAAAUUUGUCACCUUUACAAGCACUAUCGUUACAACACAACAGUAUUGUCUCCUUGAGGAAAAGGGCAUUCGUGGGACUUCCGAAUUUACAGAUUCUGGACCUCUCUCACAAUCACAUCGAACAGAUCCACAUGGAGCAGUUCAAGAGUCUUCCAAACUUGAGGAUUGUUGAUCUGUCUUAUAAUCACAUACGAAGCAUACCUAGGGAUGCCUUCCAAAAUACUAAACUGGAGAGGUUGGAUCUCUCUAAUAAUGAAUUUGUGGUCAUGCCAAGUGGUGCACUGGGUGAAGUGGGGUUCACAAUGCGGGUGUUGGACAUCGCGCACAACCAGAUAGAACACUUGGACGGCACCAUGUUCCCCGAGACACCAUUACUGUCGGCACUUGGCCUGGGCUACAACAAGAUCUCGACGAUCCCGGACAACGUCUUCUCCUCGCUGAGCGGGAUCUUGAGGCUAGAUCUUGCAGGGAACAGGCUGCGGGCUAACCUAAAGGAGCUCUUCCACUACCUCAACAAUCUUCGGCACUUGGACCUCGCGGACACCGGACUCAGAGACUUCCCUUCCCUGGCACUCCCUAACCUGGUCAGCCUCAACCUUUCAGGGAACCCCCUCGGAGGACUGAGUUCCGCGGCGGUGGCGGCCAUUCCGAAGUUGAGGCAGUUGGACCUGAGCCGCUGCAGGAUCAUUGCCUUGCCUCCGAUCUGGGAAAAGAUACCUUUUCUCAAAGUUCUCAACUUAGCAGACAACCCCGUUACGAAUUUGGAAUGGUUGGAUCUGAUCGGCCUGGAGAGACUCCAGAGCUUGCAGAUCGACCGCCUCACCUCCGAGACCCCUGGCCUCCGCAAGCUGACGCUGAAGGUGAGCUCGAGCAGCGGGCCGCGCCUGGGCCGGCUGGGCCGCAAGCUGCGCCACCUGGAGCUGACGGGCGGUGAGCUGCGGACGCUGACUGCCGGCAGCCUGCGGGGGACCGCCGGCGGGAACGAGCUGGUGCUGCAGAUCAGAGGGACCGCCCUCGAGGAGCUCCCGCUGGGACUGCUGGCCGCCCUCGGCAGGGUGCCCCACCUCUCCCUCGACCUGAGGAACAACCGCCUGAGCAGCCUCAGCCCCGACACCCUCUACUACAACCUCACCUCCUGGGAGGACAUGGGUAAUACCGAAAUUAAUAAUGCUUGGAAUAGGAAAAAAGAGGUGAGAAAGAAGGUAAAUGAAAACUCUAAAGAAAAAGAAAGAGACAAAUUGAACGUCACAAACAGACCUGGCACAGUUAAGACAAACAACUGGAAGGGGUCAUCAAAGUUUAAAACGCCAUAUCCUUCAAGUUCUUCACCAAUCUGA